UUAAAAUUGGCAAUCAAUAUUCAUGAUAGCCAGUUGUUAAAAUUGACCAAGCCUCCCUGCUAUUAUACACAAUUUUCUGCUUCACCAAUUGCUCCUUCCCCACCUGACACUACCAGCAAUUUCAAUCAAAUCCAGAGUUCCAUAAAUUUUUAUUAUAUGAUUCUGUAAAUGACUACAUUUAGAUUGUUUUAUCAUUGUCAGGUGGUUAAUAGAGCACAAAUUGCCACUAAUCUUGUGGUGCCAGUUUAUACUCCUUUUAUUUGCUGUGUGUCCAUUGUGUUUUGUGCAUUGAUCCUGAUACAGGCAAUCUUUUUUAUAUGUCAAUCGUGAUAAUUGCCUUUGCACUGGCGUUAGGCUAUAAGUGGAUUGACUGCAACAACUUUCUCAAGUACACUAAUAAACACUGUUUGGCAGAGGUUAUUGCAAAAAAAGUAGACGGUCAAAUCAGCCGUUCCAUGUGUUUGAUAGUAGCUUAUUUUUAUGUAAUUUUCUCUAUGCUAUUGACCAUGGAUCCAUGAUACUGCACCAAGUCACAAUGAUCACAUGACCAAGUUGAGAGUAAAUGUAAUUUUUUUGUGUACUUUCUUGAUAGAAUAAAUAAGGAAAAGCUUUUUCCUGUGUGGAAUCAAUGAUGCAUUGAUCACUGGGUGAGACUGGAUAAUAUGAGAAUCUCUUUAUGUAGAUUUUUCUGCCUAAGUAUGUCCUUCUCUGACCCCCCCAAGUUGGUGGUGCUAAGCCAAAGCAGUCCUGGUAUAGGUAGUCCUAGUUUCAUUAGAUCGGAAAUUCCUGAAUUUAGACGCAUCAACAAUGAAGGAAUGAUAAUAUAUUUCCAAGUCAGGAAGAUGCGUCACUUGAAGGGGAAGCUUCAGGUGGCUGUGUUCCAAUGCGGUUGCUGUCCUUGUAAUUCUUGGUGGGAGUGGUGGGUUUUGGGAAGUACUGUAAGGCGUAGCUGUGUUGAGUAAUUGGACAGUUUGUAUUGCAGCCACGAUCUGCCAGUGGAGGACGGAUUGAAUGGUUAGGGUGGUAGAUGUGGUGCCAAUCAAGUGGGCUGCUUUUUCUUCGAUGGUGGUGAGUUUCAAGUGUUGCUGGAACUGCACUAAUCUGGGUCAAUGGAGACCAUUUUACCAGUCUUGCAGAUGGUGGAAAAGCUACAGGGUAGAAAGUGGUGACUCAUUUGUCACAGGAUACCCAGCUCCUGACCAGCUCUUUUAGCCACACUAUUUAUGUGGCUGGUCCAGAUUGAUUGUGGCCGAUCGAUGUAGUGAUGGUAUCAUGCUCUCUCUUCUUGCAAAUGGUCAUUAUCUGGCACAUAUUAUAUGAUGGUUACUUGCCGCUUCCUUGCUUGAGAAGUUCUAAGCAGAAGUCCACAUUGUGCAAUUAUCAACAAACAUCCCCACUCCUAACAGUAUAAUGGAAGAUCCAUUGAUGAAGUAGCCAAGAUGGUAAGGCCUAGGUCAUUGCCCUGAGGAAUUCCUACAGUGAUAUCCUGGGACAGAGAAUGUGAUUUCCCCAAGGGCACCUUGAUGCCACACUCGGUCAACUGUUGCCUUGACUUCAAGGGCAGUCCCCCUUGCCUCACCUCUGGAAUUCAGGUCUUUGCUCCAAGUUUGGACGUGGUCUGGAUCCCAGCGGUCCUGGCAAAACUGAAGAUCAGCAUUCUUUGCCCCAAGCUUUAUUUUGUUCCCCGUACGAAGUCCCAGAAUGUGAACUACAAUGCUGCUCCCUCCGUUCGCUGUUGAUCAGCUGAUGAUGGGCAGACUGGGUCUCGGGCAAACGUUCACCCUUUCUGUGCGGCCACACUGGUCAAGGCCAACGCCCAGCGCCAUCAGCGUUCGCACCCAGGCCGAGAGGUAGCUGGCAACAAACUCGGCCGACGAAAGGUUGAAGGAGCCGCUUGACACGACGUAGGGAGGGAGCUGGCGAACCUGCCACCGGGGCCACCAACAGGCAGCGACGCAAAUGGCGGCUGGGCAACAGAAGCCAGCCGAGGGCCCGGACGUGACGCCGCGUCUUGUGCGGAGACCCGGAUGUUGUUGCCAGCCUUGCUUCCGGGAGCGGCUUCAAUGAGUGCGGGGGGCGGGCCGGUGGCGGCGGCGGGGAAGGGCUGUUGAAGGCGCCGAGGAGGAAAGCGCCAUGUCUGCUGCUGGUGAGGCUCCAGGUCAGACUGUAGAUUCCCAUCCAGCUGCAGCUGAAAUGCAUGCACAGGAUUCUGAGUCCGACUCUGAGGAACCUGUAAUGGCAGAAGCACCUGCUAGAGAUUCUGCAGCUGAAAUUCCAGUCACCAGUAAUGGAGAAGUAAGUGAUUCACAAGAGGAACGUUUUAAAUGGGAUGUGAAGCACAUGAUGACGGGUGGUCCUACCCUAAAAGAAACUAGAAUUGUUUCCAGCAGCUAUGGUAGUCCUUCUGAGGGAAUCAUUGAAGCUGAAGCAUAUAGAGGUUCCUCUUUCUUUCCAAAGAGUCCAGUGUUGUUUCCCAGUAAUGCAGCUGCUAGCAGAUUGGCUGAACAAGCACAGGAUGUUUCUGGUCCCGCAGGUGGUCUGAAAAACACACAGAGUGGUCCAGUUGUCAUUACAGAUGAAAUAUCCAAAAAUAUUGCUCUAGAAAAGCUUGAACAGAUGAAAAAAUGGAGCAUAAGCACAUACAAGUGCACGAGACAAGUCCUAUCUGAAAAGUUGGGGCGCGGCUCAAAGACUGUUGAUCUGGAACUUGAGUCGCAGAUAGAAAUACUGAGAGACACGAAGAAAAGGUAUGAAAAUCUCCUGCGACUAGCUCGGCAGAUGGCAGCACAAUUUUACCAAGUGGUGCAGACACAGCGACAACUUGGAGAUGCUUUUGGAGAACUUAGUGUGAAAUCACCAGAACUCCAUGAAGAGUUCGGAUAUAAUGCGGAAACUCAGAAAUUGCUGUGUAAAAAUGGGGAGACACUUCUUGGAGCAAUUAAUUUUUUCAUUGCCAGUGUGAAUACGUUGGUGAACAAAACAAUUGAAGACACAUUAAUUGCAGUAAAACAUUACGAAAAUGCCAGGAUAGAGUAUGAUGCAUAUCGAACUGAUUUGGAGGAAUUGAACCUUGGUCCUCGUGAUGGAAUUACGAUUCCAAAAAUUGAACAGUCCCAGCAACAAUUCCAGAUUCACAAAGAGAAGUUUGACAAACUUCGAACAAGUGUGUCCAUCAAACUGAAAUUUCUGGAUGAAAACAAGAUUAAAGUCAUGCACAACCAGCUCCUUCUGUUCCACAACGCUGUGUCUGCCUACUUUGCUGGCAACCAGCAUCAACUUGAACAGGUGCUCAAACAAUUCCACAUCAAAUUGAAGGCUCCUGGUUCAGAUGGACCUUCCUGGCUAGAAGAACAGUAAUGUCUCAAAACUCAAAGAAAUAAUUGAUGCAGUUAUAAAAUAUGUUUGAAUUCUUUUUUCAUUUUAUGCGAGGUGAGGCAGUACGUGAGAUUGUGGUCAAUGAUAUAGCUGUUUCUCACUUUUUGCUAUACAUUAAUCUGAAAUAUUAGAUUGAAUAUGGUAAUUUUAUGCAACUGAAUAAACUUUAUAAGACCAAGACCUAAGAAAAAAUAUUCCUUUUUGUUACAGGGGUUAGAGGGGAAUAAUUAGCCUAUACCUACAUUCAGGUUUGCACUGGACAGUAACUGUAGAUCUGUUUUGUGCUUUCUGGUCACUACAAUGUAAUUGUUUGAGAAUGAGAUUCCAAGACAUUUUGUAUACAUUCUUUCACAAAAAGGGCACCCGAGUUCCCAAUGCAAGUGAACCGUUAAGCAAAAUGUAAUGACUUUGCAGAGCAAUGAGAUGAAUGGUACUAGAAAGAGGCACCUGUGCUGAAUGAAAUAGCUGGUUUAGCAUUCAAAAUUGCAACCAGUACUGUACUUCCAAUAGACUAUUUCAUUGUUAAUUGUGUUAAAUGAGAGUCCUUGUAACAGGGACAGGGAGGGAGAAAUGUAGCUUUAUUACAAAGGCAUCAAAUGGUGACAUAUUAGUAUCUGGAAAUGUUUGCAAAAAUGUUAUCUUGAUCCCAUUAACUUUGUUUUUAAUUGAUGUCAUUGUUAUUUUCAAAAGAGUGUAACUCUAAGCCACGGAUUGGCCUUAUGUCUACUAUUGUGUGCCUUGAACAACACAUUUUCCCAGUUCUGUCAUGUUCCUAAAGUUUGUGAAACACUUUUCUGUUCCCUAUAUCUUACCACUUCCAAGGGAAUUGGGGGAGUGGGCAGGAGGGAAGAGAGAGGAAAAGAAAAUUGCAUCAUUAUUGCUCCCUUGUGAUUCCACCAGCUACAUCUGAUUUUAGUCUUAAUUUGCUCGUGCUCAUUUUCUUGCUAAUAGAUAACAUGUUAGUUCACUCUCUUUCAUACAAUGUAAACAGUCUUUGAAAUUAAUGCUCCUACAUGUAAUAUCUGGAUUGCCAUUCUGUUUAAACUUUGUGGCAAUGCCGUCUACAUUCUGUAUGCUGAAUAUUUAACAUUAAAUUAACCUCAUAUUUUAAUGUAAAACAUACUUGCAUUAUUUAAUACUUCCAUUUUGUCAGUCACAGUUUUGCUGUUGAAGUUAAUAUCCAGAUUGUGCCUCAUUAUUAUAAAUAUUCUAUGUACAAAUUAAAAGGUUCUUGCUGCAAGUCAGGUUUCUGA